UGCCCAAAAAACGCUUCCCAAAGAGCCGAAAGACCCUUCUUUGGGGUCGAUCAUCGGUUUCGGCAACGACCACCACGGACAACCCGUGUAGCACCCACAACCGGAACAUUGGUGUGCUACAUAGGGCUACUUCGAUCACACAAACACACUCACCAACGACAGCACCCUUGGGCUGUACGCGCACCUUUCUGGAAGGAUAGCAUCGCACGGCUAUCCUCUGUCACAGGAAAGGUUUGCGUUAGCCACCGUCCACCGGGGGACGGCAGAAGCAUCUCGUUCGCGCGUCUCUGUACUCAAGAGGCUCACCAGAUUGCUGCGCCCCCUUGUUCCGGGAUCGCCCUUGGGUUCCGCGGAUGAUCGUUAUGGUGCGGUUGUGUCGUGUGGUUCGUUGGGGACGAAUGAUCCUCCGUUGAUCCGGUCAGUGAGUGUGUGCUGCCGAUGGUGCUAAAGUGUUAAUUCUUCAACAGCUAAAGCAGAGAAAAACGGUGAAACACAGUGGAGUGGUUGGUGGAGGUGCUCGGAAGAUAGAUACGAAUAGCCGAAGUAGUGUGUAGUGUGUGUGUGUGUGUAAUAUUGUGCACAACAGGAGCGAAAAUGCAUAGGCACUUUGUGCUCACUGAGCAGUGUACGACGCCGCUGUUCGUAGUGGAACCGUGUCUGUCAUCGACACGCCAAACGCAGCCGGCCCCCGAGUGGCGCCCACUUUGGCGACGACAGCGUCCUGCACCACCAGCGGCCGACUACGACUACGACCAGCACAACUCUACCGCAGACUGCUGCGGCACAGCGCGAACACUACGACCCACGAACUCACGAACGACCCUGACCGGGGGUUUUGCAGUCGAGCAGCUGAUCCGGCAUCUGUUUGGCGCCGAUCAGCCCACCAUCAUCGUCACGGUGACAGCGAUCGUUAUUGGACUGCUUAUAGAGCUACGAUUACAUGAAGCUUGGUCACUCUACGCCUGGGGGUGGAUCAUUUUGAUCAGAAACUGCCUUGCUUCCAUGACCACACCGGGCGAUCCGUCUGCGACUGGACCUGACAGACCGUGCGGGAUCACCGCACUGCUCCCGAUCGGUAUGUCUUGCCGGAGCCGUGCCGAAGCCUUCGCCCGGAGCUUGCAGUCACGCCUACGAAAUCUUGGCUCCCAGGGCAGCACCGGUGAUGAUGACGAUGAGGACGAGAGCCAACUUACGGCAGCGGACGAUCGGCACACGGAAAACACCUGGCUGUCGGCGGCAAACACUACCGACCAGACGGGCGUAACGAGCCUUCAGCCGCUACGCUCCCUGGUGGUGCCCAACAGUGCCGAGGCCGAUUCCUGCUUCGACUUUGGCCUGGAGGUGGAAAGCCCUAGCUCGCCGGUCGAAGAAUGCGAGUACACACGUUUAAUCGAAACGGCAACGGCCACACCGACGGGAUUGCCCUUGACCACCGCACCAGAUGCUAAAGACCCAACGACCGUAGUGCAGCAGCAGCAGCAACAGCAACAAGCACCCGAAUCGGGCUACGUUUGUUCCUCUCCCUGCUCUACGCCCCAGGGUUCGGCGGCCAGCAGCCACAGCAGCUCGUCCGACUGUCAGUUCUACGAUCCGGACAGCUCCGAUCCGGAGCAGCGAUCGGUCAAUAGCGGUUGCGAGUACUACGACUGCACGAUACCGGCACCACCACCGGCUUGCGCAUUGCGCACGACCGUGCAGCACCAAACCGUCGAAAGUGCCACCGUGGCCAGCGCUACCUCACCGACCAACCCGUUCACCGCACUGCUUCACUCUAGUCAAACGGCCAACGGGCACGCGGUUCCGGUCGGGGGGUAUAUUGCGGCCACCGCCGACAGUGACAGCUGCUCCGAAUCGUUGCCACCGUCCCAGUCGACCGAAUCGAACCACUCGACGUUUACGGGCAUGAGCUCGAACUCGAACAGCACGCUGCAGGACGUGACGAUGGAACCGCUGGAGGAGGAGGAGGGCGUGCAUACGACUUCGGGGACGGAUGUGCCGGACAGCCGAACAGCCGUGCUGGGCAACGGGCAUGCGAUAAUGCCGCGCGGCACCGUCGUGAUCAAUGCGGACACGGAGCUGGAGCGGCUAAGAAGCCACGGCAUACAGUACGAGGAGGACAUUGAGCCACAGGACGGGCGGGCCGGUGAGCAGCACAGUACUGGCUGCCAGGGUGCCACCACCAUCGAGCUGGCGGAGGUGGAGAAAAUACUCAAAGAUUGUACGACGAUCGUGCACAAUGAUCACGAACAGCAGCAGCAAACGGAACGGAACGAUCGCGCCUCGAACCGGUUCAACGACAGCAACGAGUACGACGAGGAGGACGACCGGAAGCACGGUGGGGGCCGCCGGGCGACUAUGUCAUCCGGCGAUGAGGACGAGGAGGAAAGCAAACCGCAACGCAUCCGGCGCUGUUCUUCGCUCAAAACGGGUAAAACGCCGCCGGGCACACCGGGCCGGAAGAAGAUCGUCCGCUUUGCGGACGUGCUCGGGCUCGAUCUGACCGACGUGCGGACGUUCAUGGACGAGGUGCCGAAGGUGCCACAGUCCGCGUACGAGGAUCUUACCAUCGUCACGGCCGCGGAGCAACCGAUGCCGGAAAUCAUUAGCCUCGGGCCGAAGGCGGACCGUGUGCUGGUGCCGCUGUUUCAGCAGCCGGGCGCCCUGCCCUGCUUUCUCGACCGGGUGCGCGAGAAGCAGGUGAAUCUGGAGAAUGCGGCCGUCACCGAUCCGAUCACGCUCACCAUCACUGGCACGGUGCGCGUGCGCAAUCUCGACUUCCACAAGUCGGUGUACGUGCGGUACACGCUGGACAACUGGCGCAGCUACGCCGACCUGCAGGCGGUGUACGCGGAGAACUCGUGCGACGGCUUCUCGGACAAGUUUAGCUUCACGCUGCACGGCAACUCGGUGCAGGUCGGGCAGCGGAUCGAGAUGGCGAUCCGGUUCCACUGCCGGGGGGAGCAGUUCUGGGACAACAACUACGACACCAACUACGUCUUCCAGUGCCUGCCGAUCACGCAGCCGACGCCGAUGAUCGCGAGCCGGCUGCCGCUCGUAGGCAGCACACCGUCCGCCGCCCUCAGCUCCGAGCCGGCCUGGUGUAGCAAUUUCUACUAAGCGAAAGAGAGCAAGGAUAGUUGAAAUUGCAGGACAAAAAGGAAGGAAUAUCUUUGUGCCAUCCCGUCGCACAAACGCGACACAAAAAUGGAUCGGCUACCGAUCGGGCUCGUCGGGUCGUAGAGUAUUAUAGAGCAAAGAAGCAAAGAGCAGAGAGGAAUUUAAAACAAAAAACAGAAAAACAAAUAAUUCAAAUUUUUAUCACAUCGAUCGAGCGAGGACACAAUCCCCCCUCCCUACCGACCGAAAAUUAAUAUACUCACCGACAGAGACACACUCUUAGCAACAAAGUACCAAAGUUAGGAAG